AUUAAAUUCAGAAUCAGGCUAAUCUUUAGAAAAAAAUGGGCCAAAAACCAGAAAAAAUAGCCUGAUAGACAGGAUUUUUUGUGUGUGUGUGUGACAGCAAUACGCUUCCGUAAUAUUCAAUUCAGAAUCGGGCUAAUCUUUAAAAAAAUAGCCCGAAAAACAGAUUUUUUGGGGGGGGUGACAGAAAUACGCUUCCGUAUUACAUCCACAUUUAUGAGUUUAAAUGUCGAACAUGUUUUUUUUUUUGUUUUUUUUCAAGUAACGCUUUACCGAUGGAACAUUAUAAGUUUGACAGAAGCGUUGUAAAAUUCCUCCUCCGUUAUUGUCCAAUCAUACAUAGCUACGAGAGAUUUUCGUCUGAAAAAUACACUCCGUCGCUGUGGAGGGCUUUAUUUUGAAAGGCGCAGGAAGCGCAGUCGGGGCAGCGUUCAGCUCAUCGCGUGUCUGGCGCAGUGAAAGGCAAAACCUUUCUGGGAAACGAGAUUCCUGGAAUCUUUUGUCAGCUUAACGCGAUCUCUCUUGUUCUGCGUGUUCGUGUUUCAGUGAAUUCGGAGGCAGAGGAGCUUUCUCUCGCGAUUGUUUUUUUUCCAACUUUAUGAAUCAUCGUGGUCAAAGACAUGGUGACCACGGCCCAUCCUGUGGACCCCGGUCCAUGCAGCCCGCAUGACGAGGAUUCGUCCUGCAUCGCCACCACCUUCCACUAUCUACACACGUCAGGCUGGUACUGGGGUUCCAUCUCGGCGAGACAGGCUCGGGACAAGCUCCUGGCGAAGUCCGAAGGCACGUUCCUGGUGCGGGACAGCAGUCACCCUAAAUACAUGGUGGCGCUGUCCGUGAUGACCCACUGCGGACCGACCAGCGUGCGAAUACAGUACAAGAGAGGAUCCUUCUGGCUGGACUCCCUCAGUCCCGAGCUGCCUCACCUGCAGUCUUUCCCCAACGUCGUCAGUCUCAUCCAGCGCUACACCGGCUCGGGACACGAGGCCCAAGGCCCGACGGCGUCCACCGAGGGCAAACACGCCCGGGCGCCCCCCGCCGAGGACAGCGCCGUGAUCCUGAAGCUGAUGCGUCCCCUCCACAGGCCAGAGACCUUCCCGCGGUUGCAGCACCUGGCGCGGCUCACCAUCAACCGAAACACCGACUGCCCCGACCGACUGCCCCUCCCGAAGCCUCUCCUGGACUACCUGCACGAUUACCCUUUCCACAUCUGAGGGUCUCGGGUGAGGGUCUUGCUGACUUGUGGGAUUCUCUUUUGGUGACUGGAACUAAGCACCGGACCUCCUCACAUUCACGGGUCAGCUGAUUUUUUUAACACGUUUGUUUAAAAAAAAAAAAAAAAAGCUUAUUGUUGGUAUUUCUCUGCUAAUUCAACAAUUUUAGGGGUUUACAAAUAUAAACACAUUUUUCAACGCAAUUAUAACGGCCGUUAAUUAUUCAGGGAUUUUCACGAUUUGCGGUAGGACCCGACCCCUUUUCCCCCACCAAUCGCGGGGAUCCACUGCAGUCCAAAAUACUGUACAGUAUUUUUCCU